AUGGCUCUCUUUUCCAAGGUCGGCGAUCUUCUGUGCGUGGGAAUCGUCCUGUUCGCUUUCACCCUCUCUCCUGCUGAUGCCAUCCAAGCCACCCGCGCCGAUCUGAACCGCGAGGGCACGUGCUACUGGGGCCAAUUCAGCUACGCCGACAGUCCCUAUUUCGACAAGGGCAUGGUCGCGCAGGUGCCUGCGAGCAAUUUCAACAGCGGCAAGGGUUGCGGAUCGUGUUACCAAGUUACCUGCAAGAACAGCCCAGGCUGCACCAAGGGCAGCGUGAUGGUCCGUGCGGUCGGCGUGAGCGGCAUUUUCAACCUCAACUUUCCCGCAUGGGACAAAAUCGUCAAGGACCGUAACGUGGGUAACGUGGAGAUUGAUUACCGCAGCGUGGACUGCCCUAACAGCCGCACCAUGGCUGUUCGUAUCGAGGACAAAAGCAACGCGUACAAUUUCGUCAUUCAGAUUCUCGGCGCGGCUAAGGGCGGAGGCGUGGAGAAGCUGGAAAUAUCGAACGACGGGAAGCAGUGGAAGAGCAUGACGAACAACGGAUGGGGCGCGACGUGGGUGCUGAAUCCCGCCAAGGACGUCGUGGAUAAGGGGCGCAAGCUGAGCGUGCGCGUGACGGCGGCGGGCGGCGGACAGCAGGUGGUGCUGCAAGAUGUGAUUCCGACCAAGUGGGAGCGCCGGGAAGACCUACGAGAGCGGUACCAACUUUUAACGAGAUGGGUUGCAUCGUCUCGUGAAGAAGGUUGCUAG